GGCAUAUUAGUUCUACUCCGGGCGUGAUUUGUCUAAGAAAUCAAAAAACAAUUCGCGGACGCGAAUUUAAGUUUGUCAUCAUCAAUGCCUAUCAUUAAUUUGUUCAACUAAAAAACCUCUGUGUCGUCGUUUCUAGUCCUAUUUAAUAGUCUCGAUCUCACCAAUGAGGUAAUUCUCUAUGGAAUGAUCGCUCACCGUCGAGAACGUGAUCGGGUGUAAAGAAAAAAAAUACAAAAAAUAAUGUAUAAAUUAUAGAAGAUUACAGGUUGAUAACUGAAUAAAAAGCUGAUUAAAAAACAGUCCAUUCAUAUGAACGGAAAAAGCGCGAAUUCCACAACAAAGGCAUUUUUCUCAACAAAAGUAAACAAACAAAACCAAAACAGAGGCAGAGAAGACUCAUAUUGAAUAGAAAAGAAAAAAAAAUACAAAAGUGCACCGGACACAAUGAGUGUUAACGGUGACUUGAUGGUUGUCAGAAACGGACGUUCGACAAGUCAAGUAUCGGUCUACAACUACCCGGAGCAUUUAAAUCCAUUUUAUGAAGACGAUAAUCACAAACGAUUGAGAUUUUGGCAGAUUAACAAAAGCUCAAAAGAUGGCCAGGGUAGACGAAAUAGUUUUUCAUUGGGUGGUCUCAAGGACAUGUGGGCAUUUAAAUCAUUUCGCUUAAAGAAGAAAUCAUCGAGUUUAGGCAUAAACAAAACAUCCGAAAGUCCACCACCACUUCGUCGAGAUGUUUUUAAUAAUAACAACAACGGUUACAACACAUACGAUCCCCGUAUGCGCUACACAACUGGAGCAACAAAUGGUACUCUUGGCACUAAUAAUGCGUUCCAAAGAAACGUCCCAUAUCGAAGUUCCCUUCAAGAUAUGAGAAAUACCCAGUCGGAUCUGCCUACUAAUGGUAUUGGUUUCAAUCGGAACGAUAGGUACCGCAGCACAAUACAACCGGCCACAACAAGCGGUACGCCAACACAAACGUUAACAUUACCAACAUCCCGAAGGUACGUGUAUCGUGGGUCUGUAACCCCGCAACCAGUUCGUAAUCUUGAAUUUAAUAGUGACACUUUGGGAAUGAUAAGCCAUGGAUCAUCACAAAUUAGUGUGGCCAGCACAAAUCCUUUUGAUGAUGAAGAUGAUGACGAUGUUGUAAUGGGUGGAGUUUCUGCCUCUUCUACUCCCGCUAAACAUCCAGCUCGGAAAAAGCGACGUGCUCCACCACCACCAAUUCCAGUGCAUCAAAUAAUCAAAGAAGAAAGCUCGAGUGCUGGUUCCACUCCUAGUCACAAGCCAUCCACUACUCAGCCUAAGAACUCCAAUGAAGAGGAACGCCUUGAAAUUCACAAUCUUACUGCUGAAAUUGAAAGCUUUGUCAAAUCGUCCAAUACGGACAGUCCUGAAAAUCAUGAAGCUCGUUCCUCCUCUGUUGUUGUCACCUCAAACUCACUUAAACAAAACGGUACAAUACCAAAAACUUAUAAUUCACCAUCAACCCGCGAAUCAGACACAUCGAUUACUUCCAAUGUCGAUAUUAUUAUUACCCCAAAUGAAGAAUCAUUGUUCAUUAGAGAAGAUCAAGAUAUUGAAGUUUCAAAGAAAGAAGACUCUUCUGUGAAGCUUGAGAGAAAUAAAGUAGAAGAAAUUGGGCAUGUAGAAACGAUCCAUAUUCGAACAGAGAGCCCUCGCUCGACACCCGAAAGGAAAGAAUCACCAGGAGUAUCAACUUUCCGUUCCGAAACCAAGCCUAGCUCCUCUGAAAAGGUUAUAAAUACUACAAAUGAAUCCGUUGUUAAGGUGCAUGAAGUAACAAUCAAAGAAACCACAGAAAAGUCAAGACCUCCUAUUGCAGCUAAGCCCAAUAUUCCAAAGUCUCCACCACCGGUUUCUCCAAGGUUGUCAACUUCUCGUCGGGAAAUUUUACUGGCUGAAACUCCAGACACUCCUGCAAUGAGAAGAAAAGAGAUAAAAACCGUGGAAGAAGUUUCUUCUUCUGCUUCUUCUUCUUCUCCAGAGAUGCCACAUAGGGAGGUAGGAAUUGACGUUGGUCCUCUUAAAGAACCUGCACCUCAACGUCACGAAGUAACUAUUAAAGUGCAACAUGUUCUGGCUAUUAAUGAAGAUACAAAACAAGAGCCUGUUUUAGAUUCAACGCCCAUCCCAGCAGUAAGAGGACAAAAGCAACAAUCAACUGAACAAAAUUCACCCCUUCCAGCCGUAAGAAAAGUAACUAUAAUUGAAAAAGACCCUAAUGUAUCAAAUCAAGCAAAGUCUUCCGCAACAUUUAAGGAAGAAAUUAAAACGCAAGCAAAGUCUUCCCCAACAUCUAAGGAAGAAAUUAAAACUCAAGAAAAUGCUUCAAAUCUUGAAGAAGAUCUUCCAACUACAAUUUCAGAGCUUCAGUUGAUUAUUUCUGAAAUAGAACAAGUUGCUGAACGUAUUGAAGAAUCAGCUACUGAAAAUCCCCAAGAACCAGACAGCCUUCCUAAGCCUGUUGUAGCUUUAACAUCUCCUAAUGAUGAAAUCGCUCAUCCAGCUCCUAUUCAAAAACCUCCGAGGGCGAAGCAUUUCACUGAAGAUAUAAACGAAAAUAUUUAUCGACCAAGGCCGAGCCAAUGGAAACAAUCGACUCUAGCUCCCCUCGAACCAGUUCCACCAGAGAAACGACGAUCUGUUAAACAGAUCAUUGAUUCCAUUAAUCGAAGUCAACAACUGCUAGGCGGGGCCAAAAAAGAAGAAGAAACUGAAAUUGAUGCCAAUAAUCCACAACGAAAUCAAAGCGAAACAAAUACUAAUGCAAUGGAACAAAACUUAAAAAGUUUAGCCGAGUCACAACGCGAAAUGAAGAGAAUGCUCUUGGAACUUGAAGGACUUGAAAACGCUCACGAACAGAAACUCUCUAACAAAACUGAUGAGAAUUUUCAAGGCAUUCUAGAUACUAUUGUAUCUACGCUAGCUAAAGAAACCGAUAAAAAUGGCAAUGGGAAUGGCAAUGGAGACGUAUUCAAAAAAUGCACUAUAACAAAAGAAGUCAAUAAUGCCUCAAGGGAAUCAUCGCCAACAAGCUCAAAUCUUGAUUGGAAUCCCUUGCCGAAGCCCAAACGAACUAAUAAGAAUUUAUCACCAGAGCUUCAAGUGAAAAGGAAUAAUAAUAAUAAUAAAAACAACUAACAAACAGUUAAGUGUUGACUGAUUUUAUAGGUGUUGAAUGUUGAUGAAUUGAAAUGUGACCUCAAAAAUUCCUUGUGCAAUAUUCGUAAGGCUCAUUCCUAAGGAGCUUAAUCUGUAUCGAAAAUCCGAAUUAAAACGCAAAAAAAGUAUAAGGACCCACGGCAGCCACAAAAAAAAACUUAUAUAACAUAAUUACUCGUAUAUCCUCUUAUGAAAAGUAAUAAUUUAUAAUUUUAUUAAAUUACGUGUUACAAUAAUUUUUAUUUAUAUAAUUUUAAACAAAAAUAAGAAGAUAUAAAAUGUUGGUUUGCUAGUCUGGAUAAUGUAAACUUGGGCUAAUUUAACCAAUGGGAUAAUUAAGAAGUUUAAUAAAGUCUAUGUGCCUAAAGUUUUAAUCUUA